AUGGAUAUUUCUGCAAGAACAAAAGAAAUCGUGACUACUUGUAAUUCCAAAUUGAGUUUGAAGCUUUUGAUUGACACCAAGUCUAAAGAAGUCGUAUUUGCAGAGGCUGAAAAGGAUUGUGUUGAUUUUCUAUUUCACAUUCUCUCAUUGCCUGUGAGCACUGUCAUUAGGCUUCUCAAGACGAAAGGAUUGAAUUAUGGAUGUUUGCCUAACCUCUACGAAAGCGUAGAAAAUCUGAACGAUACUUAUAUUCAGUCUAACCAAGACAAGGACAUCCUUUUAAAACCCAAAUCUCCAGUUGGGAUCUUUUCUGUUCCUUUUCUAGCACUUAAUGACGUUCCGGCACAAAAGACAUCUUAUAUAUGUGCUAGUGCUUAUGUUUGUGGUCCCACCACUUCUACUUAUGUUACAGAUGUCCCUAAUUCCCUAUGUCCGAAUUGUCGGAACCGUAUGUCCAGAAAGUUGACGUAUCUCACUCCACAGGGAGUGAAGGAGCCUGGUUUUGUAAAGGAGGCAGUGAAAUACAUGGUGAUGGAUGAUUUGGUUGUUAAGCCUCUUUCCAUCGUAUCUAGCAUUACCGGUCUUAACAAGUACUUUAAUGCCAAGGAUGUUGGUUCCCUGCAGGAGAAAGUUGUAAAUUUAGGAAUGGCAGAGGCGCUGAAGUUGCUGAAGGCAUCGUUUGAAUCAAAAACAGUUCUGACAAGUGUUUUCAUGAGCAGUGCUAAGCGAAAAUGA